ACCAUGCACACCGUCACAAAAGGACCCUGUACCACUAUCCACGCAAGCGCUAGAGCCUUCCGGUAUCAGCGCAUCCGUUGCCCAUUCCACCAUGGUAUCUCCAUCGACGAUGGCCUCACAGAAACUUGGACCGUUCUGGACGAUUGUAGCAUGUAGUGCAUGGCCAGUGGUCAUACAGUCCAACCAGUCACUUGUAGAACUUUAUUAGCGUGUACUAUUUGUGCUCCGCAGUUCCCUGCAACACAUUGGGCUCCAGCGCUUAUCACGAGUGCCAGGCCAUGCAGACUAUGCGAGGCCAUUCAUAUCCGCUACAGCUCAGCAAGCCUCACGAGUACCUUCAGUUCACCACAUGUUCGUCAUAGCUAUAGCCGCCUGACUCAUUGGUUGUGCACUACCCCUCAUUUCCGUCCACUCGCCUCAGACUAUUCCCAAUCAUUUGCUCCAUCCCUGAAACCCUACAUCAUACUCAUGUCAAGAUCGUCAUUCACUCCAAUACGUAGCCGAAGGCUAUCAAAAGAUGGUAGCACACACAGUGCCCAUCUUAAUGAGCAGCCUCCUCCAGAAAAUGAUACCUUGCGACCUGCCGAUGAUGAGGAGGAAAUUUGUGAACCUUUGGUGGUGACUUCACCAGGAAUCUCGAACUCUGGGCCCCCCCAGCUACCAGAACCUCACGUACAGGAAAGUACUUCAAAUAAUUCACCCAAAGGCGCCUCAACUACUGAGGCGCAAAAGGUCGUAUUGCAGGAUGACCAACUAAGUCCAGGUGAAAUGUGAGCAACCAAAUAAGCCAAGGGGUCACAACUGAUGAUACUAUUCCUGCAGAGUGAAUGUCUUGAAGCAGGUGUUGGACGUUCUUAAGGAUUCAACGAUUGUC